CGCAGGCCACCGGGUGUUCUUGGGUUGUGGGCGGGGCAAGGGAAGGCUUGCGCGCUGCCUUGCUACUGCACAGGUGCCCAAGGGAGCCGGCUCCUUUUCUGCACUUGUUCAGCUCCUCGAGUGGGCGGGGCUGGGGCUCCGUCCCCAGGCCUUUGGGGUCUCCGCGCCCCACCAGCCGCCAUGGGCAGCAGCAGCAGGAUCGAGUGCAUCUUCUUCAGCGAAUUCCACCCCACGCUGGGCCCCAAAAUCACCUACCAGGUCCCCGAAGAUUUCAUCUCCCGGGAGCUGUUUGACACUGUGCAGGUGUAUAUCAUCACCAAGCCGGAGCUCCAGAACAAGCUGAUCACGGUGACAGCCAUGGAGAAGAAGCUGAUUGGCUGCCCUGUGUGCAUCGAGCAUAAGAAAUACAGUCGAAAUGCGCUGCUCUUCAACCUCGGCUUUGUGUGUGAUGCCCGAGCUAAGACCUGUGCCCUGGAGCCCAUUGUUAAGAAGCUGGCUGGCUACCUUACCACACUGGAGCUGGAGAGCAGUUUUGUGUCCACAGAGGAGAGCAAACAGAAGCUAGUGCCCAUCAUGACCAUCCUCCUGGAGGAGCUCAAUGCCACAGGCAGAUGCACCCUGCCUAUAGAUGAGUCUAAUACCAUCCACUUGAAGGUCAUUGAGCAACGGCCUGACCCCCCCAUUGCCCAGGAGUAUGAUGUACCCGUUUUUACCAAGGACAAGGAUGAAUUCUUUAACUCCCAGUGGGACCUCACCACGCAGCAAAUACUGCCCUACAUCGAUGGCUUUCGACACAUCCAGAAAAUUUCUGCUGAGGCUGACGUGGAGCUCAACCUUGUUCGGAUUGCCAUCCAGAACCUGCUGUACUAUGGAGUGGUGACCCUCGUAUCCAUCCUCCAGUAUUCCAAUGUGUACUGCCCCACACCCAAGGUUCAGGACCUGGUGGAUGAUAAGUCACUGCAGGAGGAAUGUCUGUCCUAUGUCACCAAACAAGGGCAUAAGCGAGCCAGCCUCCGAGAUGUCUUCCAGCUCUAUUGUGGCCUCAGCCCAGGCACCACUGUCCGAGACCUCAUUGGCCGCUAUACUCAACAGCUGCAGCAUGUGGAUGAGAGGAAGCUGAUCCAGUUUGGGCUAAUGAAGAAUCUGAUGAGGCGGCUGCAGAAGUACCCGGUGCGAAUCACCGCGGAGGAGCGCAGCCACCCGGCCCGCCUCUACACAGGCUGCCACAGCUACGACGAGAUCUGCUGCAAGACGGGAAUGAGCUACCGGGAGCUGGAUGAGCGUCUGGACAAUGACCCCAACAUCAUCGUCUGCUGGAAGUGAAGCCCUCUGCGGGAGUUGGGAGCACCCGCGCCCUCCGCCGCUGUGGGACUUGGAGGGUAGGGGCGGACUGGGUGAAUAAAGCGCCUUCCUUCUCUGCC